AUGGACGGCGAGGAGGAGGAGGAGGAGGAGGAGGAGGAGCAGCGGGUUCACCGGGAGCUGGAGCCGCCGGCGCUGGCCGGGCCUUCGUCGGCGCCGGGCGCCGGGCGCCGGGGGGAUGACGAGCCGGGCUCCAACUACCAGUGCUCGGUGUGCGGCAAGCUGUUCCGCUGGGCGUGCGUGCUGGAGUCUCAUCAGCGCUACCACCGCGGGGAGAGGCCCUUCGAGUGCCCGGUGUGCGGGAAAGGCUUCGUGACCUCCAGCAACCUGACCGACCACCAGCGGGUGCACAGUGGGCUGAAGCCCUUCGGCUGCCCGCUCUGUGGCAAGUGCUUCGUCUCUUCCAGCAACCUCAUCGCCCACCGGCGCACCCACAGCGGCGAGCGGCCCUACAAGUGCACGGUGUGCGGCAAGGGCUUCGUGGCCUCCCCCAACCUGACGGUGCACCAGCGCACCCACACCGGCGAGCGGCCCUUCCGCUGCCGGACCUGCGGCAAGGGCUUCGUGGAGUCCGGCAAGCUGACCCGGCACGAGCAGAUCCACACCGGCCGGCGCCCCUUCAAGUGCCCGGUGUGCGGCCGCGGCUUCCUGGAGUCUGGCAAGCUGGCCCAGCACGAGCGGGUCCACGCCGGCGUCCGCCCCUUCGGCUGCGCCACCUGCGGCAAGGCCUUCGUCACCACCAGCAACCUCAUGGCUCACCAGCGCAUUCACACCGGCGAGAGGCCCUUCAAGUGCGGCACCUGUGGCAAGGGCUUCGUCACCUCCAGCAAUCUGACCGCCCACCAGCGCAUCCACACCGGCGAGAGGCCUUACCGCUGCCGGGUCUGCGGCAAGGGGUUCAUCGAGUCCGGCAAGCUCUCCCGGCACGAGAGGGUGCACACCGGCGAGAAGCCCUUCCUGUGCGCCGUGUGUGGGAAGAGGUUCACCCGCUCCGUCUCACUGAGGACCCACCAGCGGCUGCACAUGGCAGCAGCCCUUUGA